AUGGAGGAUGUUUGUUCGUUGGCUAUGGUAAGCAAAUACUUUUACAAGCAGGUCGACAAGGAUUUUAAACGACUAUGUUAUAAUCAUGUUGUGUACCGACUCAAAGGCGAAACAUGGGCAUACGCUUUCUUGAAGUAAGUCUACGUUGGGUAGGGUAGAGUUGAAUAGGAUGGGGUAGUAUAGAGUAGAGUAAAAGGGCCGAAAAAUUAAGCUCUGCCCUUUUACAAGCCAUGCCCUACUCUAAUUCCCAGGGUUGAAAAAGUCAGUCUAUAACAACUUCCAAUGACACUUGAUACUUUCAGCUUCGGAGCUCGUGCGUACAAUUCUGUAUGUAAUAAUAAAAAUGUUUACGAUGACAACGCCCUUUGUUGUCCGUUUACAGGAAAAAUUGCAAUAUAUUUGAGGCGUGGCUACGUUUUGAUGACGAAUAUUGACUUUGGUCUUAACGAAUUUACCAUUCUCGACUUUACUUCAUACACAACCCAUAUCAUGUUCGUAAGCAUAGUCAAUAAAGGCGAAGAACUUUUGGUUCGUGCUCGAUAUAUUGUAGUAGUAUACAAUCUGCAUGCGAGCAAAGUGACACAUGUGUUGACUGGAGAAAGAAGUCUCGAGUUUUAUAUGCUACAAGCUGGUGGUAUUGUCGAUUAUUACACCAAAAAAGAGUUUCGAAUUAACGCGGCGAUUUCGUUUUUCGAAAUUCACUAUAUCAACAGGUAUGACAAGGUUAAAUACAUUGUAGUACGUACAACAAACGAUCAACUUGUUGUAAUUGACAAUGUGACAGACGAAAGGCAGGUAAUCUGCAGAUGGAGAGACAAAAUGAAUGUUUAUGUUAUCAACGAAAACGACUCUGUCGUGAUCUUGGGCUCCAGGGGUAAGUUGGCUAGAUUUAUAGUUUACGUGUCCCUUUUAGCUAUAGCUCCAUACCUAGUUUUAGCUCUAGCCUUAGCCCUCAGCUUAGCCCUAUCUCUACCUUUCGCUGUAGUCUUAGCUCAAGCUCUACCAUAGCUCUAGCUCUCAACAACUAGUUAUAUACCCUUACCCAAUAUCAUUCACAAUAACGAAUAUUCAACUUAAGCUCAUAAUCAAGGAUGUCAAGUGUACUGUCUUAGAAGGAGAAGAUUUGUGUUUGAUCAAGUCAAUGAUGACCAGUGGUUUCUAUUCAAUUCCACCACGCUUUUUAAGCCAGCGGAUAUGACGGUAAGGACAUUAAGAUUUAAUGAUUCUACGGUUGUCGUAACAAAUUAGGAACACAGAGCGAGGGGAGGGUAGAAUCUUAUAAAAAAAUGUAAUACAGCUUGUAACAAGCCUUACAGUAUCUUUACAUUUUAGUUUUUGGUCUACAACAAACAGAUAAGCAAUUGGAAAGAAAUAAGACCCAACCCAGCCCUUCGACUGGAACGGAGAUGUGAAUGUUAUUUGACUGUAAACUUUGUGCCAUUACCUGCUUACCAAAUCAUGGAAUCGUUUCAGGAUGAUGUCGCUAAGCGUGUUUUUUUGCGGUUUAGACCAGGCAAGUUUAGUAAAGUCUUGAGGACAGGGUAUGGCAGGAUAAGGUAGAGUAGGGUAAGUAGGGUGGGGUAGAGGGUGGGGUAGGGGAGGGUUGGGUAAGAUAGGGUAGGGUAGGGUAAGAUAGAAUAGGGUAGGGUAGGGUAGGGUAGGGUAGGGUAGGGUAGGGUAGGGUAAGGUAGGGUAGGGUAGGGUAGUGCCCGACUGACAAAAAAACGCAUAAUGAAAGCGAUGAUAGUUUAUUAAUGACUAUAAAUCCUGUUUUAGAUGGAGUCGAAGUAAAAACUUUUAAUGCCGAAGUAGAGUUUAUACCCGAAAAACAUAACAAUUACCAAUUCAUACAGAAAGACAAUCACCACAUUGCGCAGUUGAUAAAACCGCAGUAUACAAUGAAUAAAGAAGAAAUGAUUAAUGUGAUAGCUUGGUUCAAUCAGCAGUACAAUUUAAAUCCAAGUGUUCCAUUACUAGAUGCCGAAACUGGAGCCGUCAAACACCGGUCCGACUUUUUUUCGGAGCAAAUAGACUUGUGGGUCGAAUAUUUUUAA